CAUUACUAUAAAAGAAGCACCUCCACUUCUCUCAAGCACCACCACGCUCCCUCCCUCCCCUUCUCCUCUUACCUUUUACCUUUCCUUGAAUGCCAUAGCAUCUCCCCCCUUUUCUCUUUCUUGUUCCUGUUUCUUCUUUUUCUUCCUAUUCCCUGUGGUUUAAAGCGGCUAUAUAAGUGGUCUGCAUGAGUUGCUUGCUUGCUUGCUUGAGUUGUAGCUAAGUUUGGUCCAGUUUGAGUUUUUGGGACAAAACAGAAGGGCUAAGCUUUGUUUUGGGUUAAUUGAUGGAGAGGCUAAACUUUAUUAAGAAUGGUGUGUUGAGAUUGCCUCCUGGAUUUCGUUUUCAUCCCACUGAUGAAGAACUUGUUGUUCAGUACUUGAAGCGCAAGGUCUUCUCUUGCCCUUUGCCUGCCUCCAUCAUCCCAGAAGUCGAUGUCUGCAAGUAUGACCCUUGGGAUUUGCCAGGCGAUUUGGAACAAGAGAAGUACUUCUUCAGCACUAGGGAAGCCAAGUAUCCGAAUGGGAACCGAUCCAACAGAGCCACCGGUUCCGGUUACUGGAAGGCCACUGGAAUUGACAAGCAAAUUGUAACUUCUAGGGGGAAACAAGUUGUGGGGAUGAAGAAAACUCUUGUUUUUUACAGAGGAAAGCCCCCACAUGGGUCCAGGACUAACUGGAUCAUGCAUGAAUAUCGCUUUGUUAAUACUGAAACCACAGCCGCCAAUGCCCCUCAAAAGAAAAUCCCAAUUGUGAGCCCUGGGGUUCCAAUGGACAAUUGGGUUCUUUGCCGCAUAUUUUCUAAGAAAAGAAGUUCUAAAAACGAGGAGGAAAACGUACAAUCCGGCCAAGAUAACGCCGCCGCCGCCCGGAAACUUGGGGUUGCUCGGCCAGUUCUCUAUGACUUCAUGACAAAGAGCAGGACUGAUUUGAAUCUUGCUCCUGCUUCCUCCUCUUCAGGAUUAAGCGGAGUCACUGAGGUCUCUUCUAAUGGGUCAGAUGAUCACGAAGAAAGCAGUAGUUGCAACAGUUCCCCCUAUUUUAGAAGAAAACCAUAACAAGUAUUUACAAUCUUCUUAGCAGUUCUUAAUCUGUACCAGUGAUUUGGGUGUCUGAUUCCCCUAAUCAGAAUAACUUAAGCUU